AGAAAAAAUCGCAAUGACAAAUCGUACCAUUCAUUUUACCAAACCUUUCUGUACGACAGAAUUAUUAGCUGAUGAAUGCGCUGAGAAUGUAUUCAAGGCAAAACGUAUGGGCAGAAAUUGGAAGGAAAUUAAACAAAAAUUAAAUAUAGGUGUGAAAAAGGAACGAUCAAAACUAAAAUUAGUGCUACAAAAAAGCAACAACAAAUUUCCGGAUGAGAAAGCGGAUAUUUUAGCAACAAUUCUGAAUAGUGUACUAUUUGCUACAGAUCAGGAUUUAUUGGAUGCAAUAAGAGAAUUCCAAAAUACUCCAAUCAUGUUAAUAUUUGUGGAUGCUAUUGGAUUAGCCGGAACAAUGACAUCAUAUACUGUUGGUAAAAAUGCUUUCACAACUGAAGUUCCGAAAUUUCUCGAACGCUUCCUGCAAGCUCUUUCACAAAUGACAAAAAUUGAUAUUGCUAUCAUUAAUGAUCUUAAGAAUUGGAUGAAAAAUACAAAUGAUAAGCAUCAUGCGAAACAUAUUGCAUUUACUAUUGCAAAUCUUUAUCGUCGCUUUUGCGAAUCAACAAAAAGUCGCAAAUAUGCAUGCGAAAAUGGAAAAAAUGAAGAUGUAAAUGAAUUCACGAAAUUUAUCAUUGGACGAUGUGAGGAUAGUGAUUGUCAAAUAAAUGCAUUGCAAAUUUUUGAAAAUUUACCAUUAUUAAAUUUAUUACCUUAUGCAAAUCAAUUUCUAUGUAGUACAAAUAAUAAUACAAUGUUAGUACAAGAAGAAGCAUUACGAUUCCUUCAACUUUUUGACGGAAAACAUUUUCAUUGGAAGACAAUUAAUAAAUUACUUCGUAUUUUUCAUAAUACAUGUCCAUUACAUCAAACAAUUACUGAUCAAACGCUUGCAAUCGAUGUAUUAUUGAAUAUUUUACCAAAUAAAGAAUUAGUGGGAACAUAUUUACUUAGAUCCGAGGAACUUUUCCCAAUCGAACAUGAAAAAUGGGCAUACUUUUAUAAAAAUAUUGCUCGAAAACGACAAACAUCACCUGAUUUUAAUUUAUAUUGGACCAAAAUGCGCUCAUUCCGAGUAUUUCGACCAAAUUAUGCUCACCGUAGUUUAAAAGCUACCUCAGACGUUUCUGUAAUCAAUAUCGCAGGUAAAUGA